GCGCAUGCGUAGUGUCUGGACUUCGCUAGCCACCAGGAGUGGAGCUGUGGAGUUGGGCGAUAAACAGGCUGUGGCUAGGAGGCGGGGGAGGGGGCUUUAGCUCUGUCGGGACUUCUCACGCCCCCUCAUUCCUUUAGGUGUGGUUAGGUCGGGACAGGGGUUCUCGGCAGCCGGCUUGAGCCUACCCCCUUGUUAAAGGGAUAAAUAGCUCCCACAAAAAGCGGUUAAAGUUGCGGAGAGGGUGCGAGACGUGGAUUGUCCCCAUGCCAGCCAAAUGGUGCGGCCCUGAGCUGGUCCGAGAGCCUGCCCGACUUGUCUGAGAGAGGCCCCGGAGGGGGCGGGAAGGUGACGGUCAGAACGCGGUUUCUGGGAAGAGACGUGGGGAAGAUUCGACUCCGAGAAGGGGAAGAGCUCCAUUGAAAGGGAGUGAGGCCGCUGAGGGGGAGGGGGCUGCCAAGAUGGCGUCUGCCUCUGGGACGUCGGCGGUGGGGUUUUCAUCCUUGGAUCCCGGGGUUCCUGCCUGCACCUCGUCCUCAGGUUUCAACUUUCUGUGCUGUGGGGUCAAGAGUCAGAGAGCAUGUGGAGCCAAGAGAACCAUGGCAUCUGAGGUGCCUUAUGCCUCUGGCAUGCCUAUCAAAAAAAUAGGCCACAGGAGUGUUGAUUCCUCAGGGGAGACAACAUAUAAAAAGACAACCUCAUCAGCCUUGAAAGGUGCCAUCCAGCUAGGCAUUACUCACACUGUGGGGAGCCUGAGUACCAAACCAGAGCGGGAUGUCCUCAUGCAAGACUUUUACGUGGUGGAAAGUAUCUUCUUCCCCAGUGAAGGGAGCAACCUGACCCCUGCUCAUCACUACAAUGACUUUCGGUUCAAGACCUAUGCACCUGUUGCCUUUCGCUACUUUCGGGAAUUAUUUGGUAUCCGGCCUGAUGAUUAUUUGUACUCCCUCUGCAGUGAGCCACUGAUUGAACUCUGCAGCUCUGGAGCUAGUGGUUCCCUCUUCUAUGUGUCCAGCGAUGAUGAAUUCAUCAUUAAAACAGUCCAACAUAAAGAGGCGGAGUUUCUGCAGAAGCUGCUUCCAGGAUACUACAUGAACCUCAACCAGAACCCUCGAACUUUGCUGCCUAAAUUCUAUGGACUGUACUGUGUGCAGGCAGGUGGUAAGAACAUUCGGAUUGUGGUAAUGAACAAUCUCUUACCUCGGUCAGUCAAGAUGCAUAUCAAGUAUGACCUCAAGGGCUCAACCUACAAACGGCGGGCUUCCCAAAAAGAGCGAGAGAAGCCUCUCCCCACCUUUAAAGACCUGGACUUCUUACAAGACAUUCCUGAUGGUCUCUUUUUGGAUGCUGAUAUGUACAAUGCUCUAUGUAAGACCCUGCAGCGUGACUGUUUGGUGCUGCAGAGCUUCAAGAUAAUGGACUAUAGCCUCCUGAUGUCAAUCCAUAACAUUGACCACGCACAGCGAGAGCCCUCAGGCAAUGAAGCACAAUACUCAGUGGACGCUCGCAAACCUGCCCCCCAAAAGGCUCUGUAUUCCACAGCCAUGGAAUCUAUCCAGGGCGAGGCUCGGCGAGGUGGCACCAUGGAGACUGAAGACCAUAUGGGUGGCAUCCCUGCUCGGAAUAAUAAAGGGGAAAGGCUGCUGCUUUAUAUUGGGAUCAUCGACAUUCUGCAGUCUUACAGGUUUGUUAAGAAGUUGGAGCACUCUUGGAAAGCUCUGGUACAUGACGGGGACACUGUAUCGGUGCAUCGCCCAGGCUUCUAUGCUGAACGGUUCCAGCGUUUCAUGUGCAGCACAGUCUUUAAGAAGAUACCCUUUCAGACCUCUUGGAAAAGCUUGAAAUUGAAGAGUCAGAGUUCACCCAUUGAGCAGAAAACCUCAGAAGACCUGGAACAAGAUUCUACCGUCUCUGUGAUCCCAAGAAGUCAGCACUUGCCCCAGCAAUGCUGAGUUUUCUUCUUGGUCAUCAGAACAGGAGUAUACUGGGGGCUAGGAACGCCUCCAACUCUUCUCCGAAGAAGAAUCUUUUCUCCGAAGAAGAACCUCUUCUCCUUCCCCAUCCUCAUGAAUGGGCAUUAGUGACUCAGACAGUUGAGGGCACCAGCAUCCUCUGCACUCCCGAGCUGGGUGGCACGAGUUUUCAACUAGCCAGCCAGUUGGCAAUGGUUUCCACAAUUGAAUUGUUUCCACGCCCCCAUUCUUCCUGCCAGAAAUGGGGUUGUUGGACUUAGUGGUUUUCUUCCUUCUCAUCUACCUAUCACCUGGAGCUAGACUCUUAAUUUCCUCAGGACAGACUGGCUGGCACAUUAUCCUUAUAGUAGCUUGCUCUUUCUGGAAGAAGAUCCCUAUAAACUUUGAAAUGGUUUUUGGGGGUGUGAGGGUGUUUAACUACCUUCCAGCCAUUUUUUCCACCUGAAAAAGGAAAAGAAAAAAUAGUGCAAAGCACAUAAUUUUAAGCCAGACAGUUUCAGAUCAAAACUCCAGAAGUGCUGGAGAGAUGCUUACUCAGAUGGUUUCCUCUGAGGAGCCCUGGUGUUUGAGAAGCAGAAGUGUGGUGACUGCUCUGUCUGGAGCAGCUCCUCUGUAACUCCUCCCCUCGUGAUGCAUUUCUUAAGGCUGAAGGAAUGGAGAGAGUGGGACAUGGGGUCAUCUUUACCCCUAUUGUUGAAACAGUGGCACAGUCCUGGGGCUAGGAGAGCAGUGCCCUUCCUAGGCAUGGUCCUCCUCACUGCUGGGCCAUAGUGAUUGUUACUGUUUUGCAAUUUGAAAUACGUUGCGGUUGUUUUUCUAAGUAUGAAGACAUCAAAUGAAUUUUAGGUCCUUCUCCAAAGGAGAUUUGUUCCUUGCUCUCCCCACCUUUUCCAACAGUGUCCUGCUGUUUGUGGAGUUGAGGUGGCGAGGGCGUCACCUGUGUCUGUUUAACAGGCAGUCCGUGUCUAUGAGGCUUGAGAAUAUCUCUUAAACUCAUGGGAGCCAGCAGGUUCUUGCCUCGGUGAGGUCAUUGCUGUCCCCCCACCUUGUCCUGCCCUCCUCUCUUCAUGCAGAGAACUUGGAAAUGGGGGCUUAUAUAAUCCCUCUCCUCCUCAUCUCCAAGAGUUGCAGUUCUCCGUCUGAUCCUCCUACUCCUGUCAGGGGGAGGAGGGGACCUGGCAUCUCAGGCAGAUUAUUAAAUUCCCACCUCUUCAUCCCACCCAACCGUAGUAGGUUAGCCCAUACCCCAAGUAACUGUCUAUAUUAGACACCCCCAGCCAAAUUCUGGCUGCCUGUCUUUGCUGCCAUGUUCUUUUUUACAAGAAGGAAAGAAACAGUUCUUGCUAUUUUUUUUCAUAAUUUACUAUUUAUGAUGUAUUUAAGUGUUUUAUUCAAGACAGAGUUAAGUAGGGGUGGGAG